UUAUAUAUCAAUCAUUUCUAACCUCUCCUAAACCUUCUCUUAACCAGCCUCCAAUGGCUGCCUCCCCUCCUUUUUCCAGAAAUUCUCAUUCUAAAAUGCCGCAUAGAGCAGGAUGGCCUUCCGGACCUUAUUUUCUUCUUCUCUUCCACUUCUUGGCCUCCUGUCUCUGUCGUCUCUCUUCCCCCUUACCCACCAGACCUCCUUAACCACCACCACAAAUAAUAAUAACAAUAAUAAUAAUAAUGUCCACCACCACCACCACCACCACCACCACCACAACCACCAUCACCACCACCACCCUAUUCUCCAUCUCUUCCGUGAAGCCCCCGCUUUUCGCAACGGCGAAGCCUGCGGAUCUCUCCCCACCCACGUCGCCAUGACCCUCGACGCCAAUUACAUCCGGGGCACCAUGGCCGCCGUGUUCUCCAUUCUCCAGCACACCACCUGCCCGGAAAACGUCGUCUUCCAUUUCCUCUGGGUGCACCACCACCCGGAGGUCGUCUCCACCAUCAAGUCCACUUUCCCUUACCUCAACUUCCACGUCUACCGCUUCGACACCUCCAGGGUCCAGGGCCUCAUCUCCAAAUCCAUCCGCCAGGCCCUCGACCAGCCCCUCAAUUACGCUAGGGUCUACCUCUCAGACAUCCUCCCCGCCAACGUCAAACGCGUCAUUUAUCUCGACUCCGAUCUCGUCGUCGUCGACGACAUCCUCAAGCUCUGGGAAGUCGACAACGCCCACAAAGUCCUCGCCGCGCCGGAGUAUUGCCACGCCAAUUUCACCGUUUACUUCACCCCAUCCUUCUGGUCGGACCCGGAGCUGGGCACCACGUUCCAAUCCCGGAAACCCUGCUAUUUCAACACGGGGGUGAUGGUGGUGGACGUGGAGAAAUGGCGGCAGGGAGAGUUCACCCAGAAAGUGGAGGAAUGGAUGCUGGUGCAGAAGCAGAAGAGGAUAUAUCAAUUGGGUUCUUUACCCCCUUUCUUGCUAGUGUUCGCCGGAAACAUAAUGCCCGUGGAUCACCGAUGGAACCAGCACGGAUUGGGCGGCGACAACAUUGAAGGGAAAUGCAGGAGCCUUCACCCCGGCCCAAUCAGCCUGCUUCAUUGGAGUGGUAAGGGGAAGCCAUGGCUGAGAUUGGAUUCUGGGAAGCCUUGCAAUGUCGAUCAUUUGUGGGCUCCUUAUGAUCUUUACCGUUCUUCCAGGAAUUCUUUUGAAGAAUAAUGAUCAUAUAUAAUCUGGAGAAAGUGAAGACCGGGAAGCGAUUCAUAUUGGUACCCAGUCAGAUAUGAUAUUAGGAGAGAAAUGUCAAAAGAAGAGAUAUAUCAUAUAUGUACAGUUUAAUUGGUUUCACUUACAUUAGAUGUUUUAUACGGUAUUAAGUUAUUAUGUGCAGAGGAUGUGAUAUUA